AAUGUUGCUCGUUGGUUUCCGGUGUGAACAAGAUGGCGCUGCGGGAGCUAAACUCACUUGAGAGAUUUCUAGGAUUAAAAAAGGCAAAUAAAUACAGCACGCAAGGAGGGAAAAAGGUCCCUGUUCUCCAAAACAACAAUGGGCCGGCAUUGACUGGUCUGGUUACUAUAGCGUGUCAUCUGGUUAAAGAAGCCAAGAGACCAGAGCUACUAGGUGACAAUGCUGAACAGAGAGCUGUGGUCCAGCAAUGGCUUGAACAUCGAAUAACAAAACUAGACAACUGUUCUAAAGAAGAGGUCAAAGUUAUAUUGAAGGAUCUUAACCGAUACCUGGAGGACAAAGUUUACCUGGCUGGGAACGUCUUCACCCUGGCAGACAUACUCAUGUAUUACGGAAUUCACCACGUUAUUGUGGAAUUGGCGAUACAAGAGAAGGAGUGCUAUCUGAAUGUCAGCAGAUGGUUUGAUCAUAUUCAACACUAUCCAGGCAUACGGCAUCAUUUGCCUCCUGUGGUGGUUCUGAGGAACAGAGUUUACCCAAGUGGUCACCACUGAAGUUUUUGGUUACUUACACGUCCAAUAAGCCAGGCCUUAAGGUCUUCUAAGGUAACAUGCUGUCAUCCCUUAACAUGAUGUUAAUCCAAAAAUUCAGUACAAUUAAAGCAGGUUUUUUGUUUGUUUAAUGAGCUGAAUAAUGGCUGCUAAUAGUAUUAUUUUAUAUGUAAGCUUAGUAUGUUUAAGGUUUAUUAAAGUUCUGUGGAUUGGAGUAUCUCACCAUGAUCAAUGAUCAACAUGAAGCUGCCUUUCGUUAAUGGAAAAGCAGUUAAUUCUAAUAUUAACUUAUUAAUAGUUUUUUUGAUAAGGUAGACAGUACUUAAAAUAAUAAAAAGAAAUUUACAAAAUUGUCCCUCAUGCUUGUUUUGAACUCUCGGAAAUCUUUCCUCAUUGGCAUUUUCGGUAAACACGUUACAAUACGGGAUGUGUUGUUAAUGUAUUUACUAACAUGAACAGCAUUUGUUAAUUAUAGGUCAUCAUUUACUAAUGGUUUAGUUCAUGCACCAGGAAUUAUCAAUGAACAACUGUAUUUUCAUCAGCUAAUGUUAACAAAGAUGAAUUAAUACAGCAAUAAAUCAAUAAAUCAUUGUUUGUUCAUGGUAGUAAAUACAUUUACUAAUAUAAACUAUGUGUCCCAUAUUGUGAAGUGUUACCACAUUUUUCUUCUGCAGUUUCUCCCUUUCUCCUAGUCUUAGCACUAGUGUGGGCAGUAGUCUGGGGUUUGACAGGAUGUCAUGUUUUUGCUCUGGGGCAGCGGGCAGAGUACCAGCUGUAGCUGCUCAGACAGCACUGGUGCGUUCUGGUUUUCAUGUGCUUUUCACUCCAUCCAUAGCCAGUCUGUCAUUUUCCCCCAAAUCCCCUUCUGUUGUUUGUAGCUCUGAAAUUCGUUAGUCAUUUUAAGUUAAAUAAAUCACAGAGUUACAAUAUUCAUAGUGUUUAACUAUCAGAAAAAGAUCUGUGCUUGUGAUUUCACAGCAGAAAAUGAAAGGAUUUUAAUAAAGGGUGCUUUUGCAGCAGGAGAAUUGUGAACAUAGCUGCUUGAUAAUACGCUGAUGACUCAAAACAUCUUUCAGGAAAACAAGUUCUUUUAUUCUACGCUACAACAUGUGGCCAGUCUGGUUUCUCCACAGCCUUUAUGGUGGAAAAUCCUCUUCUUAUGAAAGGGAGAUGUGUUUUUGCACGUUUGCUUAUCUUCUGUGCAUAUGCUGACAAAAAGAUCCCUCUGUUCUUUUUAUUAUACUUCCUUUCCUGUAAGCCUUCUUUAUGAAACGUCUGCCGUUCUCAAGCUCAAGUUUGUGUUCUUUAAUGUCAACAGAAUGUUGUCCUGUGCCAAUAAAUGAAAAAGAAAGGGAAAACAGAA